GCCCUACAGUGCGGAGUUUAAAUGGUAAAGCGUUGAAAUUGACUGGGGUCAUUUGGACUGUUUGCUUUUGGAGUACGUCGUCACCGCCGCCUUCUCCAAACUUCAGCUUUCCAAAUCCCGAAUCUCCCUAGGUCUCAAGUCUCUUCACGUUGCUUGGCACUCCACCUUAGGCCAAGAUGUCCAAGAAGACCCCAGCUGAGGAUGAGAAGUUCCUCUUUGUUGACAGAGACGUCCUGAACAGCCCAAUGGCUCAGGCCGACUGGGCGGCCAAAAAGCUGGUAUGGGUCCCAUCUGAGAAGCACGGCUUUGAGGCGGCUAGUAUCAAGGAGGAGCAUGGCGAAGAGGUGCUGGUGGAACUGGCUGAUAAUGGAAAGAAGGCAACAGUCAACAAAGAUGACAUCCAGAAGAUGAAUCCACCCAAGUUCAGCAAGGUGGAAGACAUGGCCGAACUCACCUGCCUGAACGAGGCCUCUGUCUUGCACAAUCUCCGUGAGAGAUACUUCUCUGGGCUUAUUUAUACGUACUCCGGCCUGUUUUGUGUGGUGGUAAACCCUUAUAAAAUGCUGCCCAUCUACUCAGAGAAAAUCAUCGAUAUGUACAAAGGGAAGAAACGUCAUGAAGUCCCCCCUCAUAUCUACUCCAUAACUGAUAAUGCCUACAGAAACAUGAUGCAAGAUCGUGAAGACCAGUCCAUCCUCUGCACUGGAGAGUCCGGAGCCGGAAAGACGGAGAACACGAAGAAGGUCAUCCAGUACCUAGCUGUUGUGGCCUCCUCUCACAAAGGCAAGAAGGACAGCAGUGCUCAACAAUCAGGAUCACAGUUUGCCUACGGGGAGCUAGAGAAGCAGCUCCUGCAGGCCAAUCCCAUCCUGGAGGCCUUCGGAAAUGCAAAGACCAUCAAAAAUGACAACUCUUCUCGAUUUGGAAAAUUCAUCCGGAUCAACUUUGAUGUGACCGGGUACAUUGUUGGAGCCAACAUUGAGACUUACCUGCUGGAGAAGUCUCGCUGUAUCAGACAGGCAAAGACAGAAAGAGCUUUCCACAUUUUCUACUACAUGAUAGCUGGUGCCAAGGACAAACUGCGCGAGGAGCUUCUUCUGGAACCCUUCAGUAAUUACCGCUUCCUGAGUGCUGGCCACGUUCAGAUCCCUGGCCAGCAAGACGACGAGAUGUACGAGGAGACCAUGGAGGCCAUGAACAUCAUGGGCCUAACUGAAGAGGAGAGAAUUGAUAUAUUAAAAGUUUGCUCUACAGUGAUGCAGCUUGGAAACAUUGAGUUUAAGAAAGAGAGGAACCAGGAACAAGCAACCAUGCCAGACAACACUGCGGCCCAGAAGGUGUGUCACCUGCAGGGCAUCAAUGUGACGGACUUUACCCGAGCCAUCCUCACCCCACGUAUCAAAGUGGGCAGGGAGGUGGUGCAGAAGGCACAAACCAAAGAACAGGCCGACUUUGCUACUGAAGCCUUGGCUAAGGCUAUUUUUGAGCGGUUGUUCCGUUGGAUCUUGGGCCGGGUCAACAAAGCUCUGGACAAAACCAAGCGUCAGGGAGCAUCUUUCCUGGGAAUCCUUGACAUUGCUGGCUUUGAGAUCUUUGAGGACAACUCUUUUGAGCAGCUGUGCAUCAACUACACCAAUGAGAAGCUGCAGCAGCUCUUCAACCACACCAUGUUCAUCCUGGAGCAGGAGGAGUACCAGAGGGAGGGCAUCGAGUGGAAUUUCAUCGACUUUGGCCUUGACUUGCAGCCCUGCAUCGAGCUCAUUGAGAGACCUAACAACCCUCCCGGCAUCCUGGCUCUGCUGGAUGAGGAGUGUUGGUUCCCCAAAGCCACAGAUGUCUCUUUUGUGGAGAAACUCCUGAACACACAAGGGAACCAUGUGAAAUUUGCCAAACCGAAGCAGCUUAAAAGCAAAACAGAGUUCUCUAUUCUUCAUUAUGCUGGGAAGGUAGACUAUAACGCCACAGCCUGGCUGACGAAGAACAUGGAUCCCCUGAAUGACAACGUCACAGCGCUGCUCAGUAAUUCCUCCAGCCCGUUUGUGCAGGACCUCUGGAAGGAUGCGGACAGAGUUGUGGGUCUCGACACGCUAGCCAAGAUGACAGACAGCUCUAUGCCAAGCGCCUCAAAAACCAAGAAGGGCAUGUUCCGCACUGUAGGACAGCUUUACAAGGAGUCUCUGGGAAAACUCAUGACCACACUGCACAACACGCAGCCCAACUUUGUUAGAUGCAUCAUCCCAAACCACGAGAAGAGGGCAGGGAAGCUGGAUGCUCAUCUGGUCCUGGAGCAGCUGAGGUGUAACGGUGUGUUGGAGGGAAUCCGAAUCUGUCGACAAGGUUUCCCGAACAGAAUCGUCUUCCAGGAGUUCCGCCAACGCUAUGAGAUCUUGGCUGCAAGUGCUAUUCCUAAAGGCUUUAUGGAUGGCAAGCAAGCCUGCUGCCUCAUGAUCAAGCAUCUGGACUUGGACCCCAACCUGUACAGGAUUGGACAAAGUAAAAUCUUCUUCCGUACAGGAGUACUUGCCCAACUUGAGGAGGAGAGAGAUUUGAAGAUCACUGUGAUCAUCAUCGCAUUCCAGGCUCAGGCGAGAGGCUUCCUGGCCAGAAAGGCAUUUGCCAAGAGGCAACAGCAGCUGACAGCCAUGAAAGUGAUCCAGAGGAACUGUGCCGCCUACCUCAAACUCAGAAACUGGCAGUGGUGGAGGCUCUUCACAAAGGUCAAGCCUCUGCUGCAAGUGACCCGACAGGAGGAGGAGAUGAGUCUGAAGGACGAGGAGCUGCAGAAAGCCAAAGAAGUGGCCACAAAGUUUGAGUCAGAGCUGAAAGAAAUCACCCUAAAACACACUCAAAUUGUUGAGGAGAGGAACGCGCUUCAGGAGCAGCUUCAGGCAGAGACAGAGCUGUUUGCAGAGGCUGAGGAGAUGAGGGUCCGUCUGGCAGCUAAGAAACAAGAGCUGGAAGAAAUCCUGCAUGAGAUGGAGGCAAGGCUGGAUGAAGAGGAGGAACGCGCUCAGGCAUUGCUGCUGGAUAAAAAGAAGAUGCAACAGCAGAUGCAGGAACUGGAGGAACAUUUAGAAGAGGAGGAGGAUGCCCGUCAAAAGCUGCAGCUGGAAAAGGUUACGUGUGAAGGAAAGAUUAAAAAGUUGGAGGAGGACGUUCUGGUAAUGGAAGACCAGAACAACAAGCUUCUUAAGGAGCGCAAGCUGAUGGAGGAAAGAAUUGCUGACUUCAGUGCAACCUUAGCAGAAGAAGAAGAAAAAUCUAAGAACCUCACCAAGCUCAAAAAUAAACAUGAAUCCAUGAUUUCUGAAUUGGAAGUCCGCUUAAAAAAAGAAGAAAAGACCCGCCAGGAGCUGGAUAAGGCAAAGCGCAAGUUGGAGGCUGAGUCCAAUGAUCUACAAGAGCAGAUAGCCGACCUGCAGGCCCAGAUCGCUGACCUCAAAGCGCAGCUUGCCAAGAAGGAGGAGGAACUGCAGAACGCUUUGGCCAGGUUAGAAGAUGAGACGGCCCAGAAAAACAACGCGCUGAAGAAGAUCAGAGAGCUGGAGGGACACAUCUCCGACCUACAAGAGGACCUUGACUCUGAGCGAGCGGCCAGAAAUAAAGCAGAGAAGAUCAAACGGGACCUGGGAGAGGAGCUAGAGGCCCUCAAGUCUGAGCUAGAGGACACCCUGGACACCACUGCCACACAACAGGAGCUAAGAGCCAAACGUGAGCAAGAAGUGACGCUGCUGAAAAGAGCCAUGGAGGAUGAGAACCGCACACACGAGGCUCAGGUUCAGGAGAUGAGACAGAAACACACUCAGGCCGUGGAGGAGCUCACCGAGCAGCUGGAGCAGUCUAAACGGGUGAAGACAAACCUGGAGAAGGCUAAACAAGCCCUUGAAAAGGAAACAUCUGAACUAACUAUAGAGGUCCGGUCACUGACUCAGGCCAAACAGGAAGGGGAGCACAAGAGGAAGAAGCUGGAGGGUCAGGUGACAGAUCUUCAAUCACGCUUCAGCGACAGCGAGAAGCAGAAGGCUGAGCUGGGCGAGCGCUGCUCCAAGAUGACUGUUGAACUGGAGAGUGUGACAAACCUACUGAAUGAAGCAGAGGGCAAGAACAUCAAACUGAGCAAAGAUGUUACCAGCCUUACUUCCCAAAUCCAAGACACACAGGAGUUACUGGCUGAGGAGACACGCCAGAAACUGCAGUUCUCCACGAAGCUGCGGCAGGCAGAAGAUGACAAGAACAGUUUGCAGGAGCAGCUUGAAGAGGAGAUGGAGGCCAAGAGGAAUGUGGAGAGACAUGUGUCCACGCUCAACAUCCAGUUAUCAGACGCAAAAAAGAAGCUGGAGGAGAUGUCAGGAAACAUUGAGCUUUUUGAAGAGGGAAAAAAACGUCUGCAGAGAGAUUUGGAGGCAGCUAACACUCAGUUUGAAGAAAAGGCCUCAGCUUACGACAAGUUGGAGAAAACCAAAAACCGUCUGCAGCAGGAGCUGGAGGACACACUGAUGGACCUGGACAACCAGAGACAGAUUGUGUCAAACCUGGAGAAGAAGCAGAAGAAGUUUGACCAGAUGCUGGCGGAGGAGAAGAGCAUCUCUAGUAAAUAUGCGGAUGAGAGAGAUCGGGCAGAAGCUGAGGCCAGAGAGAAAGAGACCAAGGCUCUGUCUCUAGCAAGAGCUCUGGAAGAAGCCCAAGAUGCCAGAGAAGAACUGGAGAGAGCCAACAAAGCCCUGAGGUUGGAGAUGGAGGACCUUAUCAGCUCCAAGGAUGAUGUGGGAAAAAAUGUGCACGAACUGGAGAAGUCCAAACGAGGCCUGGAGGCACAAGUGGAAGAGAUGAAAACCCAACUGGAGGAGCUGGAGGACGAGCUGCAGGCGGCUGAGGAUGCCAAGCUGCGUCUGGAGGUUAACAUGCAGGCCCUUAAAGCCCAGUUCGAAAGAGACCUCCAAGGACGGGAUGAGAUGGGCGAGGAGAAGAAGAGGCAGCUGGUCAAGCAGGUCCGUGAGUUGGAGACAGAGCUGGAGGAUGAACGCAAACAGAGAGCUCUGGCAGCGGCAGCCAAGAAGAAGCUGGAGACAGACAUGAAGGAUCUGGAGGGACAGAUUGAGACGGCCAAUAAGGGAAGAGACGAAGCCAUCAAGCAGCUCCGCAAACUCCAGGCCCAGAUGAAGGACUACCAGAGGGAGUUGGAGGAUGCCCGAGCUGCACGGGAGGAGGUGCUGAUCACUGCAAAGGAGAGCGAGAAGAAGGCAAAGAGCCUGGAGGCUGAGCUCAUCCAGUUACAGGAGGAACUGGCUGCAGCUGAAAGAGCACGAAAGCAGGCAGAAGCUGAGAGAGAUGAAUUGAACGAUGAGUUGGCAAGCAAUUCUUCUGGAAAGUCGGCUCUGACGGAUGAGAAGCGUCGCCUUGAAGCGAAGAUCGCCCAGCUAGAAGAGGAGCUGGAGGAGGAGCAGAGCAACAUGGAAAUCCUUAAUGACAGGCUGAGGAAGAGCACGCAGCAGGUUGAUCAGCUGAAUAUUGAGCUGCAAGCGGAGCGCAGCACCUCACAGAAGAACGAGAGUGCUCGACAGCAAAUGGAGCGCCAGAACAAGGAGUUGAAGGCCAAGCUCCAAGAGAUGGAGAACCAGGUCAAGUCCAAGUUCAAGUCUUCCAUCUCUGCCUUGGAGACUAAAGUGGCACAGCUGGAGGAGCAGCUGGAGCAGGAGAACAGGGACAAGCAGGCAAGUGCCAAGAGUAUGCGCCAGAAGGACAAGAAGCUCAAAGACUUGAUGAUGCAGGUGGAAGACGAGAGAAAGCAGGCAGAGCAGUACAAAGACCAGGCAGACAAAGCAAAUUCUCGCAUGAAGCAGCUGAAGCGGCAGCUAGAAGAGUCAGAGGAGGAGUCUCAGCGCGCAACAGCUGCCCGCAGGAAGCUGCAGCGGGAGCUGGAUGAGGCCACCGAGGCCAAUGACGCCAUGAGCCGCGAAGUCAACUCUCUCAAGAGCAAACUCAGGCGUGGAAAUGAACCCUCCUUUGGCAGCACGCAGCGACGCAUGGGCGGAAGCCGAAGGGUGGUUGAGGAUGCCUCAGAGGAGGAACUCGACUCCCAAACCGACUUCAAUGGAACAAAGUCUUCGGAGUGAGGGGAUGUUAAGGAUAUCCGAAUUACUGUUCAGGGCAACGUCCACCACUUAAAACAAAAAGUUACUUCAAAAGCCUGCUUUGCUUUCUUCCACAUCACUUCAAAAUAUGUUAUUUUCUCUCAUUCCCAGUAGUGAUCUUAUCUUGGAGCACAUGUUCUUUACACAAAACAAUCAGGACUUAAUCCACAAAGUUGUUCUGGUGGCUCUGCUCAUGUGUGACUUGCUGUUUGUUUAGUUUUUAACUUACACUGUUUGUUACUGCACUGAAUGACUUUCUUUCUUAUGCAAGUUUUGUACACAAUAAUAAUAAUAAAACUUGGUGCCUCUAAUUACCACCUGCCUUAAGUGUAAAGCAGAGAAAAGUGAAUCUAAAAAUGUGUAACUACUAUGAGCGACUGUCGUCCUGUUGCCUGUGACUGCUGUUACCCUCUCAGAGCAGCACUGAACUGGGUUCAGAUUGAACAUGUAGUCAUUUCUAAAUCCAAUCAGUGUUGUUUCCCAAAAAAUAUUUAGCCCCUACAACAUAUUUUCUUUUAGUCACUGUUUUACAUUUUUUGCAGAGUUAACUGUGCCAUUAUAUACUUGGCACAAAAUUUUUUUUUUUUUUUUUUAAAUCUACCCCCUUUAAUGAAAUCAGCUGGUGUUGUAUUAUAAACAGUUGGAAAGCCCAAUUAGUCACCUUUACGACAAGGUAGAACUUGAAAGGAUGGUGCAAUGAGCUGUGAAAUGAGCAACACAGCUAAUAAAGAUAAGAAUAUUGCAGGGGAUUUGGCACAUUUUUUGGGCAGAUUCCGCUCACAUUAGCUGCAUUAUUCAUUAAACAGAAGUGCAAUUUUUAACAAGUUCUACCUCAUUGUAAAGGUAACUAAUCAGGCUUUCCAGCAAUGUAUAAUAUAAGAUGAACUGGUAUUAUUAAAGGGGGGAAAUAAUCCACCAAACAUAAAUUUCUGGAUUUUUUUGUACUAAGUUUCAAUUUAGAUAUCUUUUAGUCUUGUAAUGGCUAAGACUGAGGUCAGAGAAGUAUUUAGGGUCACGUCAUAAAUAAAAUCAUGAUCCAAUUGUCAAUUUUGGUCACUUAACAGCAAUUGUAUUAUUUUAUAUCUCCCCUUUGCUCAGAUAUAAAAAAAAAAUCUCAUUUGAUAAUGUUAUAUAUCAUCAACUAAUGUUUACAUGACACCUUUUGUAUCUAUUAAUUGUU